AUGAAGUUGGCUCCAGCUCAUAUCAAGAUGGGAGAAAUGCCAGAAGUUGUUGCAUUUAUGAAGCUGGCAUUAGAACAGGCUAAAAUUGCAUUUGAUAAUCUUGAGGUGCCUGUGGGCUGCGUUAUUGUUAUGGAUGAGAAGGUCAUAUCAUGUGGAAGAAAUCGGACUAAUGAAACAAGAAAUGCUACAAGACACGCUGAAAUGGAAGCUAUUGAUGUUUUGCUUGAGGAGUGGAAAGAAAAGGGACUUACAAAACAUGAAGUUGUUGAGAUGUUCUCAAAAUGCUAUCUUUAUGUUACAUGUGAACCAUGUAUAAUGUGUGCAUCUGCCUUAUCAUUUAUUGGUAUAAAAGAGGUGUACUAUGGUUGUGCAAAUGAUAAAUUUGGAGGGUGUGGAUCAAUAUUAUCCUUGCAUACAAAUACAACUACAUCCGAUAGUGGUGAAGAUGUUGGGAGAAAAAGUUACAAAUGCACGGGUGGGAUAAUGGGUGAAGAAGCAGUUUCUCUUUUUAGAAACUUUUAUGAACUUGGAAACCCUAAUGCUCCAAAACCUCAUCGCCAGCCCAUUCAACAAGCAUGACAUCAAAAUGGUGUUUUAGUACUUUUUAAAAAAUACAUGUUUCUUGUAUCUUGUAACUACUAUUUGGUUAUUGUUUAAUCAAAUUGUUACCAUAAUUUGUGGCAUCAGCAACAAGUCAUCAUUGGAUUCAAAAUUGUGAAAUUACAUAAAGAUCGAACAAAAAGAUGCAGGAACAAAUUGUUAAUUCAACAUUUUUUUGAACGACUUGUUAUUCCAACGUUUGAUUCGAAUUUCUAAAUAGUGUAACCAAAGUAUUUGAUUCUGAUAUCUGAUCGAUAUUUGAUCUGGGCUCAUGUAUCUAAUUUUUUUGAUACUUGUUUCUGUUGUACUUAUUCUUUCGAUUUGAUAAUAAAAUUUCAAAUUGUC